CCAAUCCAGUAGGGGGCAGCCAUGCGCCUUGAAAUUGAGUGGAGACGGGCGCUCGGUUUGAAGUUCUGGCGGGCUGCUGUCACAACAUGGAGCUAACAUCGGCGCUGCGGUUUUUACAACUCAAAGAUGUUCCGAAGGCCUGGGUGGACGCGGUGUGGGAUGCCGAGUUCACUGAGAGCAUCUCGAUGGACAACAUCAUCGAAGAACAACUCUCAGUCUCUACAGAGCAAGAUUUCCGGAACCUGCACAAGUGUUUACAGGCUCUCCAGGAUGAGCAGCUAUCAGGGAAAGAUUCCCAGGUCCUCUGGGCUGUGCUCGGGGAGCAUGGUGUGUCUGUCAAAUGCCUUGUCGCCGUCUUGUCGUUUUUUGUUCUGAAUGGCAAAACCAAAGGUGCGACUGUUGAGAGAAGACUGUCCUGUUUGCACGCUGCAUCCAUCUACAUGCUGAUUUUGGGCAUUCCAGGGAGCAUUGCCAACAAAGCUUUCCAUGAGAUUCUAUUGGACACCUGUGUGGACAUGAUGUGCCACUGCUGGCCUCAAGAGUCUGCGAAAAAGCGCAAGAAAGACAACGUGAAGAGCUCCCAGACGGACGGGAAACGUGCCAAACGGCCCCACAAAGAAACUCGAAGGAUGGAGUUAGAUGAUGAUGAGGAGGAGGAAGAGGAGGAGGAGGGACAGAUUCAUUUCUCAACCCAGGACUUGGUGAAGAUCAGAGACUGUGUGGUUAUUUUGCUUCAGAGCCUUCUCAAGCUCUUGCAGACAUUUCCUCUCAAAGAUUUCCGUGGGAGCGCCAACAACUGCGCCCAAGUCUUCACAAAAUUGCUCUACUUUGAGCCGGUUGUUGGAGUGUUGUCUUUUGCUGAACCGCAGGUCCUGACGAAGACAAGCAUUCCAGAAAUGUCCUUCUAUGGCUUGAAACUGCUUUGUUCCUCUAAACAUGGAAACCAAGAACAGUCUCUGAAUAAAGUCUUUACCAAACUUCUUUACGUGAUCGUCAUGAUGAACAAGGGAACCACAGGGAGACCCACGAUGCUGCCACUCAACCAGGCGACCAUCUCCACCCGCGACCAGGCCAUCCACUUUGUCUGUCACAUCGUGGAUGAGAUGAAGGAACUGGGGCAGCCAUUACUUCUUAUUCUCCUUCAACACAUCUGCUACCAGAUGGUGGAGAAAAGUGAGUUCCGGAUGCACGGAGCACAUGCCCUUGGGAUGUUGUCGUCUCAGAUGAACUGCAAUGACUAUGCCAGCUUUGUUGACUGGCUCUUAAAGUACUCUGCCUCAUCAAAGAUGAUUUUCCGCCUGUUCUCUGUGGACGUGGUGAUGACCUUGCUGGAGCAGCCGGAGAGGAAUGUGGAUGAUUGUCAGGACCCAAAGCUGGCAUGCUUCCUAACUCACAAGUUCCUCAUCCAAAACCUGCUAUUUCCUCGACGUCAAGACAGCUCUGCGACUGUUCGCAGUCACGCUCUGGCUUGUCUGGCUCAGUGUCUGGAGCUGUCGUCCAUGAACGCCACCCAGGCGGUUCACAACCUCUUCUCUGCGACUGCGUUGGGGAGCGAGUGCUCGGAAGCGAGUUCUGAGCACCCUCAGAAAACCUACCGCACUCUCCCCUUCAGGACGGUGGAUAUCAGCAGCUCAGACAGUGUGAUCCCUGAUGCAAGUGGGAACCUGGCUCAUCUCUUGAGGCGUGUGCAAGACGUCAACGUUAAUGUGAGGAAGUCAGCACUCCAGGCUCUUACAGGUCUCCUCAGGCAUAAUAUCAUUCCUGUGAGUAGUGAGAAUCUGGCCGUGCUGGCAGAGCGCACCAGAGACCCCGCAGUGUCAGUGAAGAAGAAAGCCCUGCAGUGCGUGGGAGAGCUGAUCAGCGUAAAACCAAACUGGUGUGAGGUACAGAAGGCGUGGUUACUGGCUGUGCUCCCUGCUGUGAUGGACUCUGAAGACUCAGUUAAGGAGAAGGCCCUGGAAGCUGUGGAGCAUGUUGUGGUGAAGCAGGUCAAGCCAUUCUCCAUGGACCGACACAUGGAUCCCCAUCAGAGGCUGACCUGGGACCUGCUGGCUUUGCUGUCCAGUGAAUGCCAGAAUCUCAGACGAUAUUUCUCUCGGGCCUUCUCUAUCUGGGCCAAGCGGAAUGAAUUCUCGCAACCAUUCCUUAAAAACCUCAUUUCGCACACGGCGGCGGAUCACUCUGCAGCGGCUUGGCUGCUGAUUUCUACCAUUGCUCCAUGGACAAAAAAAAUUCCCUGCAGUGAUAUUCUAGAUGCCUGGGACAAUAUGGUCAGCUCCAAGAAUACGAGUGCGCCAUCAUGCUGUCACAUUAUCAGUGUCGUGGGACACCUCAGCAGUCAAUUGAAUGACGACAGCAAGGAACGGAUUGUUGAUGAUGUGAUGGCGUUGUUGAAAACAUUCACGAUGUCUCUUGAAAUGAUCAGUGCUGCACUACAGACGCUUUAUCAACUUGGCAGGCGUGAGUCUAUCAAGCAGACACAGGCAUUUCUGGAGCAUCACUGUGGAGAGCUGCUUGUGGCCUGCGAGUCAUACUUGGCCAGUAUAUUCUUGCGUGAAUCUGGAGCCAACGAUCUGAAUGAGGGGCUGAUGGUUAAAUACCUCCACACUCUGGGUGUGGCUUCACUGCACUGUCCUGCAAGAGUCAACAAGAGGCUGGUCCUGCUAGUGGAGUGUGUCCUGACCACACGUUCAGAAAAUCUUGCUGCAUGCCAGGAUGAACUUCCAGUUUCACAGCCUUUGUCCCAGUUCAGAGUAAAUUCCCUGUCCACCAAAGUCCGUGCUCAUGGAGUCAUCACUUUGGGUAAGCUGUGUCUGCAGCACCAGGAUCUGGCUCAGAAGUACCUCCCCGUGUUUGCCCGGGAGCUGGAGGUGGGCACUGAGGGGGCCGUACGCAACAACGUGCUCAUCGUGAUGUGUGAUCUGUGUGUGCGAUACACUAAUGUGGUGGACCUCUACAUCCCCAACAUCUCUGCGUGUCUGCGAGAUGAUGAAGCCAUUGUCAGGGAGCAUGCCGUCACCAUGCUGACCAACCUUCUUCAGGAGGAGUUUGUUAAAUGGAAGGGCUCUUUGUUCUUUCACUUCAUAGUAGCGCUGGUUGACCCAGUUCCUGCCAUCGCUAGUCUCUGUGAAUUCUCUCUUCUUCACUUGCUGCUGAAGAAGAAUCCAGAAAUGUUCAGCCAACAUUUCAUCGAGUGCAUCUUCCACUUCAACUCCUACAGCAAGCACAAGUGCUACAACAAGUUCCCUCAAAGUGAGAGAGAAAAGGUGCGCUUCUCUCUGAAGGGGCCCCAAAACCGCGAGAAGCGCUUCAGGAUAUACCGCUUCCUCUUGGAGCACAUGACGGACGCCCAGCGCUUCAGCAUCACCAACAAGAUCAGCCAGAACGUUCUAGCAUCUUUCGUGGAUAAUGAUUUGGAUCUGGACACUGAUGGCGCUGAGAUUUUAUCAGAAACCUUCAACGUCCUAAGCUUGAAGGAGAUGAAGCUGCAGGUCAUCAGAGCCCCUGCCGGCGGAGCUGCAGGGGACGAGGCAGAGGAGGAAAACACGGCCAAGGCUGUCCUGCAAGCGGCGCAGAAGAAGGCCAUCACUCAUGUCCAGAAAAAGGCCUUCAUUGGAAACACUGUUCCUCUGAUCAUCAGCCUGAAAACCCUGCUGGAGCAGCAACGCUCCCCUGUUCUCCGAGACCUCAUGUCAUACCUGCAGGUGACCAUGCAGGACUACCGUCACGAGGUGAAGGAGUUCUUUGAAGGCGACGAGCAGCUGGCUGCAGAGCUGGAGUUUGCCAUUCAGCAGGCUGAGAAGGAGAAGGACAUGGAGGAGCGGAUGGAGAACUGCAGUGUGGCUGAAGAGAGGCCUCCCGCUGCUCAGACUCCAGUCCAACAGCAGCCCUUCACCUUCGCCACGCCUCAUCCACCACCUCCAGAAGCUCCGUCUGCACAAGUGACUCAGUCCAAACGGCCUGGCCAUGAUCGCUCCAGGCAGGAAGAUCUGAGUACCAAGUCCAUUCAUCUGGAGAAAACAGUGAUGCUGAAGGGAGCAGUGAUGGACCGAGCCAUCAGCACCCCCAGAGGUGUGAACGUGGACCUCACCUUCGAUGAGGGCUUCAGCGCCAUCUUCAGCGACCAAGCAGUUUCAGGUGCCGACCAGGAUCCCAGUGUUCUUCAUGUGCAGUCACGUGACCAGCGGUCCUCUGGCCCGAGGCAGUGGAACGUGGAGUCACCUCUUCGCCAGAAGACGAGGCAAAGACUUCACUAGUUUCUCUCUCUGCAGAACUGUCUUGUAUAUUUGUGCUGCUGUUUUUGUUUGAUAAUAAAUAUACUGU